UCCUCCCUGUCCAAAGAACUUCGGAAGCGUCUCGAGUCUGACUCCAUGGCGGCGUCCGCCUCUACCCCCGCCGCAUCCGCCUCCUCUCCCGGUAGGGAUGGCGGCGACCCACCCGCGGCGGCGGAGGUGGCGGCGAAGGCAACGGCAAACACUACUGCUUGCCCUUGCCCCAUCUGCCUCGAAGCCUUCAAAGACGAGGCCUACCUCGACACCUGCUUCCAUUCUUUUUGCUACAAAUGUAUAUGCCAGUGGGUAAGGAUCGUAGCGAGUAAGCAUGAAGAACCUAUGUCUUCUGUUAGAUGCCCACUCUGCAAGACUGAAAAUCUAUCCAUCAUACAUGCUUUUGAUGGUGAAUCAUUUGAGCGGUGGUACAUAGAUCAGGAACCUAGAAAGAGGCGUCUUUCAGAUGCACACGAGUUGGUGUCACAGUUCUAUAACAUGACAGAUAUCACAAGCAAUAUUUCUGGUGUACAGCAAUACUGGGAGCAACACAAAUAUCUCCGGAAGAAAAUUUGGCUUGAAACCUGGCUGAGACGGGAAAUCCAGGCCCUUACUCGGGAUGAGAGUGUUGAUGCCAUAGUAUACCACAUUCAUGGUGUCAUCGGAUCCUUCAUGAAGAGGCUUGAAAAAGAACACAAGUCAAGGAGGAUUUCACCAGAGACUAGGAGGGAAGAAUUCAGGACAUUGCUCUCUGAUGCUGCUAGGCCAUUCCUCCUCGGCCGAACAGAGCGAUUCGUCACCGAGGUAGAGCUCUUCCUGGUUUCAAAUCUCAACAUGGAAGCGUACAACAAAUUACGCGUUCAGAGAUUCCGGGAGUCCAGUUCCCAUCUAAUGAGAGAGCAAGACGCACUGCCUCAUGAUCGGUCUCUUGAGGAGCACUACUUGUAUUUUAUAUGUAAUGAUACGGAUUGUGAUGAGAUGUAGUGAUCUGCAAUUUGUGUCACUAAUGUCCUUGUUCCCUCGUACAUCUCUUAGUCUGGUUCAAUUUUGGUCUAGCCCCAAUUACUAGUUUACAACUUCAGGCUGAUGAAAUUAAUACAAAGUAUGAACUAAGCUGAACA